AUGGAUUUGAUUCCACCGUCAUAUGAGUCGGCAACGGACCGAGAUGCAUGGGCCAUUAUCGCCCACUACAUUCCCUCUAGCGACCUUUGUGCAGCCUCACUAGUAUGUCACCGAUGGCAUGACUUGUUCAUGCCUUUUCUAUGGGGUGAUCCGGCUUCCCAUUUUGGCACAGAAAACGAUGCCGUCUACGUGGCCCUCGUGAGGUUCCGAAGAACCCUGAAAUAUGUAAGAAGAGAAGUUCGCAUGCUAACACAUACGCUUAAUCUUCCACCCGCUUUAUCGGAAACGUAUGAUAGCCCCCGACCCGGAUGGCUGAGGGAUAUGCUGGAAUACUUGCCUUGUCUGCAGUCGCUGGUGGUCUCAGGAUUACCAUUCUUCGAUCAUAAUUGCAUGCUUGCGCUGAGAGAUCCGUCAAAGCCAAGUCAAUACAAUGUUCGUCUCUUAUUGGCGAACCACGAACCAAACACGACGUCCGCAGGUCUAGCAGAAACGCUUAUUCGCUUUCCCUUAUUGACUUAUCUGGAUUUUUCAUAUACGACUCCAGCGCGAGACCCGAGCGUACUAUCGGCAUUGUCCCAACUUGAACGCCUUCAGGUGCUGAAAUUGCGCGGUAUUGGCUUGAAAGACCGCGAUGCCGAGUUCCUGGCUAAUGCCAUCGGAAACCGAGUUCGAUUUUUGGAUCUGCGCAAUAACUUGCUCACCGACAUGGCCGUUCGAUCCCUUCUCCAGGCCUCUUUCCUUUCACCGAAUCAGCAACCAUGGCAGCCACGACACCUUAGACGUACUGGAACUUCGCCAGAUCCUGUCGCCCAAUCAGCUCUUCGAGGCCUCGAGUCGGAUUUAUUGGAAUCGCCUAAUCUAGACGAGCAGUACUUGAAGUUCCUGGCUAGUCAAGCCACUAGUCAUCCUUGGGUGGACUAUUUGCCAUGCAUGGGUAUUACACAUCUGUAUAUCGCAAAUAAUAAGAUCAGCGUCGAGGGUGUGGCAGCUCUCUUGACCUCUUCCAGGCUUUACGCCCUCGAUAUCGGGAUGGUGAAAAGCGCAGAUAUCAUCCAUAAGCAGGCGAGACAUGAGAAGUACUAUGGUGCUGAAAAGCUCGUGCCACUUUUGGUGAAGUUUGCUGGAGACAAGUUGACCUAUUUCCGUGCUCAUCAUGCAGUACUUACUGCUGAACCUCCGUUAAAAGAUUCUGGCUCCACAUUCGAAUAUCUACCAGAGCUUAUGGCCAGCGAAGCGCCUAGGGAGGCUGAGUUGGACGUUUCACAAGAAGCUCCGAUCUACGAGCUCCCCGAGGAAGAAGCACCAGCCUAUGAACUUGAAGAUACAUCUCUCAUUGACUCUACAAGCACAGUCUCAAGCACUAAUACGACUCAAAAUUCAAAGUCAACGCUGCAUCAAAACCAGCUCGCAGCUACUACUAGGCGUGGAUCAGCUUUCGCCUCAGAGGUCGUUAGAAUGUCAAAUGAAAGCAAUACAACCACAGCCUACUGUGAGAACCCUAGUGACAUUGACUCUUUUCAGCGAAUCUCGCUCUGCAAUUCCUACAUACCAUCGAAUGAUUCCCGUGCCCAAAGAAUCCAGGAACUUCUCGCAAAACGCCCACGAAAUCAAUCCCUAGCACUGCGCGGCGGGAAAGAAAGCCGAUUUCCUUAUCUACAUCCCUCACACAUCCCCCAUUGCGAAACACUAGUCUUGACAGAUAUUCCAUCGCACAUCCCGCCGAACUCCCCAAUACUAUAUACUCUCACUCGCUUUAUCACGGCUUGCUCUAACGAAGCCCUCCUCGCGACCCUCCAAGCUGGCUCAGACUACUCCCUCCCACCAGGCCAAACCCGGUACCAAGCCGAACGGCAGCGCUCCCGCUCUCUUUUUGGCCUCCGCCGCAUCAUCCUCGAAGUCACGGAUACUUCUACCCGACUAACGUCCUGGAAACCAGCUAACCAGCGCAACGGAACCUCAAUAUCUAGCACAGGAGACCGUGACUCGGAGUCUCUCUGGGCUGCUGCUACGGAUGACUUCAGCUUCUUCGGCGAAGAGGAAUGCGGAAUUCCCGAUUCUGGCCCAGGGAAGCACUUUCCCAUGGCAGUGCUUAACGAGAAAGUCUCGCUUAUGCCCUCAGGUGACGAUUCUCCCCCUGGCACCAAAUCACUCUUCCCCGAUGGCGACGCUUUGCGCGGUCUUACGUCUACUGUAUCUCAUGACAUGGGAGAAAAGCAACCGCGGCAGCUCUUGCAAAACGUGGAUGUCGUUGCACAGCUGGCUGUAUACCGAAGGGGGAAGAGUGCUGAGUAUGAGCAGCUUCUCCAACGGGAAAGAGGACGGCGGGGUGCAACUGAGACCAUGUCGAGUGAUUUAGCAGCGGCUUCAGUGCAGGGAUAUAUGGCGCAUUUUGUGGAGGGUUAUUGGAAGGGGGAAGUUAAGGUUGUGAGGAAUCCGAUGGCAAAGGUUCCGAGUGGGGUUGUAGAUAUGUAUGGCAAUUAUUCGGGAAAAGAUUAG